CUGCAGUCUCGCGAUCUACGUUGUAUUGUGUAGUAGUUCGCGUUUUGGUAGGUCGCUAGUUUCGUUAACGAUUUUGUGAAAUAUUGUGUUGUGUGUGCAUUUUAUUGGAUUUUAUCGAGGAGUUUUUGGAUAUUUCACCUAAAUAUUGUGAUGGCCGGCCAGGUUUAGCCGGGUUCGGAAGACCCGUAGUUAGUGUGUGUGCGCUGCAGUUCAAUUGGUGAACUGCCAUUGGCUAUUGGCAGAGACCAAUCAGGGGCGAGGGGGCGAGACACCGUGACACAGCAGAGACCAUGAAAAUGGUUUUAUCGCAACGUCAGAGGGAGGAGUUAAAUAAGGCAGUGGCCGAUUAUUUGAGCAGUAAUGGAUAUUUGAACGCCCUCGAGGGGCUGAAGAAGGAUGCCGACAUGCCGGGAGAGGUGGAGCGCAAAUAUGGCGGACUUCUCGAGAAAAAAUGGACGUCGGUUAUCAGGCUCCAGAAAAAGGUUAUGGAGUUGGAGUCAAAACUGUCAGAAGCUGAGAAGGAGUUUAUAGAGGGUGCGCCAACGCGCGCCAAACGAUCGCCGACUGAGUGGAUUCCGAGGCCGCCAGAGAAGUUCUGCCUGGCCGGACACAGGGCGCCCGUCACCAAGGUGAUCUUCCACCCGGUGUUCAGUUUGGCAGUGUCGUGUAGCGAGGACGCGACCAUCAAGGUGUGGGACUACGAGACGGGUGAAUACGAGCGAGCACUUAAGGGUCACACCGACGCAGUGCAAGACAUCGCCUUCGACCAAUCCGGGAAGCUGCUCGUGUCAUGCAGCGCGGACAUGUCAGUGAAACUGUGGGACUUCCAGCAGGGCUACCAGUGCAUGAAGACGAUGCACGGCCACGACCACAACGUGUCGAGCGUGACGUUUGUGCCGGCCGGCGACAUGAUAGUGUCGGCGUCACGCGACCGAACCGUGAAGCUGUGGGAGGUGGCGACUGGCUACUGUGUGGCGACAAUCGCCGGCCACCGCGACUGGGUGCGCAUGGUGCGCGUGUCACCCGAUGGCCACCUGCUCGCCACCUGCAGCAAUGAUCAGACGGUGCGCGUCUGGAUAAUCGCCACAAGGGAGUGCAAGGCUGAGCUGCGCGCACACGAACACGUGGUGGAGUGUGUGGCGUGGGCCCCCGAGGCGGCGCACUCGGCUAUCAACGAGGCGGCAGGCGCCGACAACAAGAAGGGCGCCCACCACGGACCCUUCCUUGUCAGCGGAUCUAGGGACAAGACACUCAAGAUGUGGGACGUGAGCACAGGCUUGUGCCUGUUCACACUGGUGGGCCACGACAACUGGGUGCGCGGGGUGGUGUUCCACCCGGGAGGCCGCUACGUGGUGUCGGCCGGCGACGACAAGACCAUCCGAGUGUGGGACACACGCAACAAGCGCAACCAGAAGACCAUCGAGGCCCAUGCACACUUCACCACAUCGCUAGAUUUCCACAAAACACAGCCGUACGUGAUAACCGGCAGCGUAGAUCAAAUGGUCAAAGUGUGGGAGUGUCGUUAAUCCCACUGGUGGGUGGGACUGCGACAGAGUGAGCAGAAUGUAAUUAGCGAAGAAAGAGAGAAGAUUAAACUCAUCACACACAUACACACAUACUCACAAACUCGAAAUAAAUGAGAGAAAGAAAGAGAGAGAGUGCCACUGCUUUACAACACAGUAACGUUGAUCUUAUAAAGAUCAAAUCCCAACCCUUUGGUCGAUAAUAAUCUAUUUGUCAAACUUGUAUUAUUAAUACUUUCUCCAAUAAUGUCGAUUCUCCACCUCGAUUUGCGAAUUAUUUGAAUAAUAUUAUUUGUGUUGGGGUUUAGCAAUUUUGUUUGAAGAUUAUGGGGAUUAUUGGUAAACAAUUCUUAAGAACGUUGUUAGUCCAGCUCGCUUUGGCUGCCCAGCAGCCAACUACUAGAAUUGUUAUGAUUGAAUCAAGCUAUUGGUUGCGAGACAAACAAAUUAACAUCUAAUUAAUAGCAUUUCAUUUCAAUAUUUAGUGACAAAAUGGAAUAAAUUAUGAAGAUGAUACUGUCUGUUCCUUGCUAAUUUAUGUCAAAUGAAUGGAUUCAACUUGAUUUUUGGUUCUUGUACAUUAGUUGCUCAUUAUAUUUUUCUGUAACCUUCUUUCUAGUUUUGGUGCCAUAUAUUCUACCUAGCAACACCAAUAACGCCCUAAUUGUCUUAUAAAUAUAAUAUUCGGACCACUUCAAUGUAAAUUUUUCUGUUUCAUAUUUUGUUACAUGACCCUCUGUGUUUAGUUGUAUUACAAGCAUUGUCCCAUCACCAAAAAUUCCAAUCUCUGUGAUUUAAAUGUUUUCAAACUCAUUACCGUCAAUGUAGAAGGGACACUUCAUUUCUAUGUUAGUCGACACUUGUUUUCCAUUAUUUAUUCAACAGUGAAUUCGGUUCAUCUUCUAUGUAAUGAGUAAUAGAUUACCAAUUUGAUAAGAUGUGUCAGGCGUCUGAAUAAUUAACUAAUGAUACUUUAUAUUCAAAAUUCAUAGAAACAUAUUUUCUUCAUGAACAACAAAAUUCAUGUUUUCAUAAAAUGAAUGUCUCUUCAACUACACUUUAUGUUCGGUGUAGUUUCUUUUUGUGUUGCUAUUAAUGUGCAAUAUGUAAAUAUAUUCUUGGAAGGAAAUGGUUACGGUUUUAGCGGGAAGUUAUGUCUCUUUUUAUAGUAUUAUUUAGUAUUUUUAUUGUAGGUUUCAAUUGGGUGAAAUGUUUAGUCUAAAAAACAAUGGAUGCUGAAGCAGGAAACCUAAUCUGUGAGCAAAAUGAAAAUUUGAAUAUGAGAUCACACUUUGGAAAAACAUAUAUUUAGGUUGAUACUUUUUCUAAAUUACACUCUACUAUAACUUUUAAUUCCUCAACUAUGUUGUCCACUAAAAUGAAUAGGAGUAUUGGAAUCAAUAUUGUAAAGUAUGAUUAAUGAUUCAAUAAUAUUAGUUAUGAUUUAUUCUAUUUUUGUUGUAAAUAAAUUCCUGUGGUAGUUGUUGCAGUGGCACUAAUUUCCUCUCAGAUAAUUUUAUCGAUGGCAGUACGGUAGUAAGAACUUGAAUCUAUUAAGAUCUUACAACUGGAUUCAUCAAUGAAUUCAAAAUUCAUUAUAGAAAAAUUCAUCAAUUCAAUAUGCGUGUUCUUGAUGAAUUUUAGUUCUUACUAGGAGAAGAAGAAGAAGACUAGGCAGUGUGUAUCAUCAUCUUCAUCAAUCAUCAUCAUCAUCAUCAUCAACGCAAUUAUUGCCAAUAAAUUGGAUAUUUAUCAUAGACUAGCUUUAGUCUCUAUGAUUAUGAUAGUCUUCAUCAAAAAAACAAACAAUGUAAUCUAUCAUUUUUCUAUCGUUGAAAAUUUCGGUUCUAGUUUUUUAUUUGUACAAAACGAUCGACAUAAUAAUAUAUUAAGCUAGCUAAAUCUUUGGAAUAUUAUGAUUUCAUCAAUAUUAACAUUGUUUUACCACACACCUUUGUCAAUCAAUCAAUAAAUAAAUUAUAGCCUUGAUAGCGCCUGGUAAAUCUAUUAUACUGUACGAGAUUUGAAGACUUGUGAGGAUUUUUGUACAGUAGCUGGGUAAAAGACGUGAUAUUGUUGGAUAUCUUUAGAGUAAUACUGGAUUAGAUGAGGCAAGUCGCAUCUGAUUAAUAAAUAAUUUGCUUCGAGUGUAAUUGUUAUUAAUAAAUACUACAUUUGGAUGACUGCUUGUCCUUCUUAAGACAGAUGAUAAUGAGACUUAAUGAAAUUUGUUGUUGAAUAACAUAAAUUUGAACCUUGAAGCCUUGCACUCACUCAAUAUUGAUUAUGCCGUUUUCAGAAUUGUAGUGAAUAUUAGUGGGAUUGUGCCAAUUGUGGUAUUUAGUAGAAUUUGUCAUCUACAUCAUUGUGAUCAUCAAUAUAUUCAAUUUAAAUAAACAUCAACAUCAUUGAAAGAUGUUCACAGAGUUCAAUAAUUUUCAAUUUUGGUAGAAUAAAAUGGUACAAUGAUUCAUUUCAAGUGCUAAUUCUCUGGAUAUUGUGGUAUUUUACCAUGAGAUAAAGUGAAGAGAAAAUUUAGUUGAACUGUUGGUAAGAUCCUUACAAACUUAGAAAUGUUGGUAAUUUUUUAUUGAAUUUGAAUUUUUCUCAUAUAGUCAGUUGUAUGAUGAAAUGUCAAAGAGUGUUCAUGAAUCAGUAAGGGACUUAUUUGUAAGUUUCUUUUGAUCUUUGAAAAGUUUUCACACAGAAAUAAAGUUCAAUGGAGCCGUCUAAAUUUGUAAUAGUGUCGUAUAAUUGAUUGGUUCAAGGAUUAUUCCCUGAGAGAGUGUUACAGUUUAUUUCCUAGGAAACCUUAAAAGCCUGCCCUUCCAUCCCUGGAUUUCCACACUUCGAUUACAGAGAAACCUAAAAACUUGCGACCCAUUUUCCGUUUAUCUCAUUUAGCCAAACUUUAUCCUUCUUAGUUCCUUUAUCAAAUAUUUCUCCUAAGUUUUCUAACUUGGUUCAAUUUCACAUCUUGAAAUUAAACCCAAGUUUUCUUCUUGUUUCAGUUGAGGCGAUUCUCACUCUUUUCUCUCUCUCUUUUCAUUCGAAGGCAGAGCUGUAUUGUGUUUGAGAGUUUGUCAUUUGAGAAAAAAUAUUUUAAUGUUAUAUAAUUUUCAUGUUUUUACGAAAUUUGUAUAUUUUUCAACAAUUUUAUGUUUAUAAUAUUCGGUUAUAACGAAGGUGUCUCGUCCCCUUCAUUCAUAGUUAAAAAAGUCAAUACCGAUAUUGCUAGAAUUUGGUAUUACAUGAAAAGUGAAUAAGAUAAUAAGAGAAAUAAGAUUAUUGAGCCGUAUCAUCAGUUCAAGAGUGACAUCUCAUUGCUUCUGUAUCCUUUGGUGUUUAAAAAUGAAAUAACUUCAUACAUUUGCAAUAUAUAUUGAACGAAAUGUGUACCGUAUUUGAUUUUACAGAGAAAUAGAAAGAACUUGCAAUAUUCCGUUAUUAAAAUCAUGGAACCAGUAAUUACAAAAAAUGUACAGUAAUUUUUUCAAAGUCCCUCUAUUAUUAAAAACGUAUUUCUGUAGUAGUUGUAUAUUUUCUAGCAUUAGUUAUCUCCACCACAUAAUAUCAUUUCGCGUUCCACAAACUCCCAGCAUUAGAUAAAAAAGAACCUGCCAAACAUUUUAAUUAUUCUAAAAAUGCAUAUUAAAUUUAAAAAUUUAGAUCUACUCUUAAAAGUCAAAUCUAGCUUUGUGCUUCUUAUUGACGUUUGGGUUGAACGAAUAUGUGCUGUAUAUUUAGGCUUGACCUUGAGAAAAGAUCAUAAAUUUCAGUUGGCUCAAGUUGUAGAUCCAUUAUGUUGCUGAUAACUGAAAUAAAUAACUUUGGAUUAAUUUGAAACCAACAGUACAUAUAGCUGUAGAGUUAUCAGUCCUUGCUUCGAGCAAGCAUUGUAAAUAUAUUAUAUAAAGAUUUAAUAUUUAUUCAAAAGUGUUGUAUGAUUUUCAGCCCAGCAUAAUUUGCAUAAUUAAGCUACUGGUUAGAUCUGUCAGUGAACGGUAAUAUAUGCAUUGAAAAUCGAUUAUAAGGUAACAAAUACUAUGCUUUCUCAAUUAUCAUUAAGUACAUAAUUAUUAUUAUAAUAAUAGCGUUUUACUAUUGUUAUCAUAAUAAAACAAGUGAACAUACUGAA